AUGUCUUCUGAUCGAAGUUGGAUGUUCAACCAACGAGACGGUAGUGGUUUUCUUUCUGAUGGCUUUAUAAAAGGGGUGAACGAGUUUCUUGAUUUUGCAUUUUCACGGCCUGGCAAUAGAAAAAGGGUCCGAUGUCCUUGUGCACGUUGUCGCAAUACUGAGUUUCGUGAUCGAGAAGAUAUUAAGUAUCAUAUUUACAACUACGGAUUUGUGAGUGGUUAUGAUCAUUGGGAUGCACAUGGGGAACCUUUUAUCCGUGCGAAUUCUGCAACAAAAGUACGGGAAAAAAGUGCAGAACACCACGCGACAAAGGCUAUGGUAAUUGAUACAAUAGGGCCUGAAAUGCAUCAUGAAUAUUAUGAUUAUCAUAAUGACGUGGAGCCAGAAGUCCCAAAUCCCAAAGCAAAAGAAUUUUUUACAUUACAAGAAGAGGCCGAUAAACCUUUGUGGCCUGGGUGCACCAAACAGAGACGUCCCAUUGGUAGCCAAACUGCAAAUUAUAAAUUCCUCACAUCUGAGGAGCUUAAGGCUGCGACACUUUAUGUGCUUCUAAAUUGUCAAGAAAUUUCUCCAUUUGUCACCAAGUUUGACAAUUUCAUAAGGACAGAACAACCCCAUGUAUCUGAAGGUGAACUCGAUAAGUUAAGAGACAAUUAUUUUCCACGGUGGUUACUGAAAUAUGUGUCUGAUGAUAAGAAUGACGUAGAUAAUCGUGUAAGAGAUAUGGCCUUGGGUCCAUCCAGACGUGUUCGAACUUACAACGGUUACUUCGUGAAUGGUUACAAAUUUCACACCCAUAGUAAUGGUGUGAACAAAGCAACACAAAACAGUGGUGUGUGUGUUUUGGGAAGCUGUUACAAUGAGUUUGAGGUUGACUAUUACGGAAUCCUAACUGAGAUAUUAGAAUUGGAGUAUAUUGGGAGCAACAAUAGAGUUACACUCUUCAAAUGUGAUUGGUUUGACAACGAGAAGGGUAUCAAGGUACACCCUAGAUUUAACCUGGUUGAGAUCAAUCACAAAAAGAAGAUGCUCUCGACCAAUGUAUAUGUACUAGCUCAACAAGCACAACAAGUGUAUUAUACAAGCUUUCCGUCUACUGCUAAACAUAGACAAGAUUUCUGGGCUGUUGUUAAAACAAAAGCACGACAUUUGAUUGAUGUACGAGGUGUCUCCAAUGAUCAUGAAGAGUGCAUUAUGUCAGGAGACCAUGCAUUUCAGGAAGAGCCAUCCGUGAAUAAUAUCUCAUAUGUUCCAAUAACUCCGGAGUUGGAUGAUGCAGAUCUUGUGGAUAGAGGUAAUGUUUAUGCAGAAGUAGAUGCAGCUGAAAUGGAGAUAGGUAUCGAAGAAGAUUGCAUUUCAGAGUCAGGUGAAAGUAGCGAAGAAGUUGAUAAUGCUAUGCUUGCAGAGGACCCUGAAUCUGAUUCCUCCUCCACUAGAAGCGAAAACCAAUAA